AUGACUCACGAGUCUGUUUGGUACUCCCGGCCCCGCAAGUACGGCAAGGGCUCUCGCGAAUGCCGUGUCUGCGCCCACCGCGCCGGUCUGAUCCGCAAGUACGGCAUGAACAUCUGCCGUCAGUGCUUCCGUGAGAAGUCCACCGACAUUGGUUUCAACAAGGUUCGUGACCGUGACACUUUUUUGCGCCAUUCAAAUCCCGCCCACAUGAGAACCAAGCCUCGACUACGACAAUAUUCCGAUCUCUCAGUGAAACACGCCAUACUUCUUCGUCUGAAUAGUCGAGGCUCGAUCUCACAGUCGCAUCCAACAACAAGCACCAAAGGCUAA